UUGAUCUCAUAUAAAACGCAAAGGCGGAAAAAUUACGUAAAUAGUAAAAUAAGUCCCACUAAACCUGCAAACACCACUAGAAACAUUGUACCACAUAUUGAGAAACACCCAUAUUCAAUCCAAGUGUUUGACAGUGAAACUGAUGAAACGGAUACAAGUUCUGACGACGGAAUCAGCAAUGAGGAAAAUCUGCCUAACGCUGAAGAAAUCAAUGAUAAUGAGGAAAAUCAUUCUCAUAACGAUGACGAACUAUUUAACAACCAACAAAUUAACGAUGAAAAUCCAGAGAUUGUUCUCCCACUUGAACAUGUAAAUGUAAACGGCGAUAUACGAGAAAUUUGUGAUUGUAACAAAUUAAUUCGCCACCAACUUAAUCAGUUUGAAACAGAGAUGAGAAACGAAAUAAUUAAAAAUAUAACAAAAUUGCAAGAAAUACUUGCAAUUUUAAGAGAUAAAUAUCCAAGAAAUGAAGGAAACAAUGAAGUAACUAUGGAUUUAAUACCUGAUUUGCCAUUUACAUCCGUCGAGGAGUAUGUUCAAUUUAACGAGACACUAAAAAAUAAUGAAACAAUUCGUAAAUGUUUUGAGAAAAAGAUAAAGAGUUUUGGCGGUGAUUCUUUACAAAAAUUUAUAUCAAAUAUACUCACAAAUUGUCUAACAUUUGAAGUAGGACACAAGUUAUCCUGGACUGGUGCUAAAAAUACUAUAGCAAUUUCGAAUUCUCCUUUUGCUAACAGUAUAAUUGGAGUUGUAAGUCGUACAAAAGAACCAGAUUGCACAAUCGCAUUAAUUAUAAAACAUAUAAGAAACUGGUUGCAGCACUCUGGAGACAAAAUGCGAUAUCGACUGAAGAAAGCACAAGCUCUUGAACGAAAUUAAUAAGCAUACGUACAUAGCACCAUCGUAAAUAUUAUACA